UUCAAGGAGAGUGUCUCAUUGACGUUAUCCGUCUUCAUUCAACAGUUUUCACCUCAUAGACAGCAGACACAUUAUCUUUAAAACCCUGAAUCAGUUCGUUCUUUUGACGCAUGGGCUGCAGAUGAUGUACCAUCGUUAAUAUGAUGCGCUUUAUUCUGGACUGCCUGCGGCCAGCAAGAGCGCGCGCUGCCGCCGCUGCAAGGGAGCCUGUGGAGGUUCAGGAGAAAGGCACUGCAGAUGAUAAUGAAAUCAAGGAGCUGAAAGAUGAGCUGAAUAUGGAGGAGGAGAAUCUACAGAAGGUCAUGGUUUUGUGUUGUGAAACACGGAAGACUGUGGAGAAUCUGGAAGAGAAGAAGACACAGCUUAGAGAUCAACUGAAAAUCAUUCAUGAUCUCCACAAACAGGAGAAGUAUAUGCUGCAGUCACUGUUGGGUGAGCAGCGGGAGCUGCAGCAAACACUAGAGCAGUACAAGAUGGAGCUGCGUGCAGCGAGUGAUGACCUGCUGCAGCUCCAGGUGGAAGUGACCUGUGCCAAAGCACGUACAGAAAAAAUGCAUGAAUACAUCGAUCCACUGCAGGACUCAUUCAAAGAGAUCGAACAGGUUAAACAAAAGCUGGAUGAGCUGAUAGCUGGCCUAAUGACAGACAAUAUAAUUGAGAUGACAGAAGAAGCUGCUGGUGAGGUUUUGGAACAGGAGUCCAUAGGGAACACAGAUGUUGAGAUCAUCACAUCCAAUCAGAAGUCAGAGGAAGUGGGACACAUGGAGCGGGAGAGCACUGCAGAGAAGCUUGAUAAAAUGCAGUGUUCUGCAGAGAACCUGAAGAGCAGCGGCUCAUCAUCUUUUACUGAGAUCACAUUGACUGAAGUCAAAGAGGAGGAUGUAAUGUUCAGAUCAAACACUCCACAGUUGGGCUCGUCUGAUAUGGAGGAGGAAGACUUUGAGGUUGCUCAGGCCAGUCUUGCAACACAAAGAAAAUUUAACUUCUUCCAUCCAAACCCAUUCAUUGAUGGUGAUGUGUUUGGAGACGACCAUUUUCCAAAGGUUGACGUGACAGGUUUACCAAGGGACCCAUUCAAAGGCACUGACCCAUUUGCCUCUGACACAGCGUUUGUUGACAUAUCAGAGGAAAAGCAUUGUCAAGAUGGCUUCAUCACUGCAGAGAACAGUCUUCCAGAAACCAUACACUGCCCUCUUCAUUCUGUUGGGAAAGACAAAGACUAUGGAAACUUUAAUGCUCCGUUCAACAUGCCAUUUGGUGCUGAUUUCAAACAGCCCCCUGGAAAGAUUGAUCAUUGUGUUUCUAUGCCCACUGAAAGUAGAAGUCUCAAAUCUUUCAGGGAUGCCUGUCCCAAAGUUGGAACAAACCCCACACAAGGUCAAAACCUUGAUUCCGUGCAACCAGAUGUAUCAAAAGAAGGUGCCAGUUCACGGCUCGAUAAAGACUGUGUCCAUGAAUCCGGCUCUAGUCACAGUUCGACAUCCUUUAAUUCCUUUGAUGUUGAUUGCAAUACAUUUGCUGGAGUUGAAGAUGAGGAAGACAGGGUACGAGUUCAGGCUGGAUUCAGUUUAAUUGGAAGGGAUGUCUCUCUAUGUGGUUUACAGAGCAUCAUUGCAGGGUCCUAUACUGGAUUUCCUCUCAGUCCUUGUGACCCUAAGACUUUCCCAGGUGGCACUGAGAAGGCUUUUGAAGAUAAGUUCUCUUCUAUCUCUUCUGAACAAAAUGAUGUGAAUGACAAAGAUUGUUAUCAGUCUGAACUUGGAGAUGCAAAGAAUUGUUCCGUGGAUCUUGGGUUUAAUAGUCCAGAUUCUCAGUGUGAAGAGUUGCAUGAUGUAAAUGGUGAUGCCUGUAAUCUAACCUCUAUUUGUGAUUCUCAACCCUCUGCUUUAGAUGCAUAUGACUACAAAUAUGGAGAUAUGUUCUUUUUCACGGUGAGAUUAGAUCCUGGUAGCCCUGAGAUACUUAAUCCUAGUCCAGUUUGUUCUGAACCCAAUGAUUUGAAGAAAUGUCAGUACCUCAGCCAGCUGCCUUGGAAGGAGAAUCCUUUAAGCCUUGAGUUUAAUGACACAGAUGAAUUUAAAUGUGGUGCUCCAAAGCCUGAAGAUAUCAAACAACAGAUCACUGAUGACCAAAAGAGUUUUGACAAAAUUGAGUUUAUAAACAAAGAGACAAACAGCCCAUCAUCUAAACAAAAUGACAAAUUAAGGUCUAAUUCAGAGACAGGGAAUUCGCUUGCCUGCCAAAACAUGCUUUAUUCAGAGAAUGAUGAUGAAUGGAAAGCAAAUCUAGGUGUAGUUGAACAUGACCCAUUCAGUCCCUUAGCCGCUGGGUCAGCCAAAUGUGUUUCUGAAUUUGAAGAAAUGUACUCUUUUUCUUAUGAUGCUCCUAGAUUAGAUUCUGGUUAUCAUGAAGCUGGUACUCCUACCCCUUUUAGCUCAGAACCGAUUGACCCAAGCAAAUGCUUUAUUGAUCUUAAAGGCCCAUGUUUGGAAACCAUUAAGCAGAGCAACUCUAAAAUCCAGGUUCCUGAUCCAUUCAGUCUUCAAUCAGUUGAUACAGGGAUGUUUUGCUCAGAAACGGAAAACUGUGAGUCUGGUUAUAUGAUUGCCAAGUGUCAGCCCUUCAUUUCUCAAAUAGCUUACAGAUAUUUGAGCAAUCCUGAUGAGAAGCAGAUGUCAUUCAUCAAUACUGAAUCCUGUGACGUGCUAAGUGAUCUUUUCAAUGGAUCAGAACUAGAUGAUUGUGAUUCUUUCAGUUAUUUUCCAGAUAAUAUAGAAAGCCAUGAUAUUUAUAGUAGUGAGGAAAAUGUUAUCACUGGAUCAAUCCAAAAUGGAUCUGCCACUAAUGGAGACACCAAACCUAGCUCCAUGGUGUCAAAUCCUAAUAGUUCUUCUCAGGUAAUCCACUGCGGUUCUGUGAGGAGAAACUCUGAAAUGAGCCAUAGUUACCCUGAGGUUUUUGACUCUGAUAAAGUGUCGAAGAACUCCAUGAUACAUGUUGUUUUUGAGUCUGAGUUUGACCACUUUGGGCCCAAUAUAAGUGAACAAGCUGAAGAGGCAAAACAUUUGAAGGUAAAUAUUACGAAAAAGGCUGACCUUGCUGAGAUUGACUCUUUUUGCUCUGAGCUCAGUAAAAUGGUGUCCUCACAUUCUUCUGAUUCUGUGCAGCUUAGUGUUGCAGAGAUGUUAUUUGGCUCUGAUCCAAACACCUCCAGAUUUUACCCCUGGGAUUUUGAAAAGCAGCAGCAUAGUUGUUAAUUUUACUCCUCUUAUGUUUUAAAGAAGUAGUUCACCCAAAAUUACAGAAUUUACCCACCUCCAUUCCAUUCCAAAAUGUAUGACUUUCUUUUUUCUGUGGAACAGAAAAGGAGAAAUUUUGUGGAGUGUUCAG